UCUGUUUUGACCCUUUACCCAACCCACCCAAGAGUGUCAUUUUGUGAACUCUACUUUUGUGGAAAUGUAUUCAGCUUACAAAUUUCUAAGUUUUAUCAGGGAACGGGUGAAGAUCUUCAGCGAGAUCUUGCCGGUUGCAAACAAGUGUUUUCCAAGUAUUCCUUGAAGAAAAAGAUUGCGCCCAAACGGUUUAUCUGGCAAGUGUUUCUGAUUUUGAACAGCAGAAACUUGAAGAAAGAGGGAAAGAUAAUGUUCCAAAUAAACGAACCAGAACUUCUAUGGUGGAUUAAAGGGUGGUUGUGCAUCCUGUUACUCCUGCUAGAUCAGCUGACACGGUAGAAAGGGAUAAAGAAGUGUUAAGAAAGGGUCUUCAGGGUGAGGAUCGAUUAUUUCCCAUUGUCCGUGAUGGUUGGGAAAAGCCAAAAAUGAAGAAGAAACGUUCUGUGAUAAAGGCUGACACUGCUUCAAGUCCAAGCUCGGGGUCAACAAAACCUAGUGAUGGAUACCGGAAAUCCAAGGAAGGUAUACAUCUCGGGCAUAUUCCUGAUGCUAGGUCAAGGGUAACUGAUUCCUAUGUUUCCAGGCCUGGACCUGCUAAUGGAGCAGGAAAAGCUGAUGGAAAACUUUCAUUCAUCUCAAAGACCGAUCAUGAGAAUACACUCAAUGAUAAAAGAGAGAGAAGUAAUACUACAGAGAAAGGAAGAAAAAAGAUCAAAGCUGUCAAUAAGGAGCGUGCUCGAGAAAAAAUUAUUCUUGGUAGCACCACUAGCACAAAACUGCAUGAAAAUACUCGAGGUCUAAGAUCAGGUGCAGGAUCAGGUGUUGUAUUGCCUAAGUUAUCCCCAGUAGUACAACGGGAAACUGCUUCUAAUGAUCUGGGUUUGCUUCACGGAACAAGCAACAACACUGCCAAUCGUAAACGUACACUAUCAAUACGUUCUUCAUCUCCGCCAGUUGCACAGUGAGCCGAUCGAAGGACCCAAAAGAUAUCCUGUACCGCAAGGAGAAGCAAUCUCGUAACUAAUGAUGAAAUUCCUUUAGAUUCUCAUUGGCAGUCAGAAUCAAAAGUUGACCAUAUGCUGUUAUCUGCAUUAUCGGAGGGCGAAGAGUCUGGUGCUUUUAAAGUUACAGAGAAGGGGAAGAAGUGUGAUAAAUUUAAAGAUAAAUCUGGAAAAAAUGUUUACACGAUGUCAAUAGCCCCCCCAACAAGAAAGAGCAAGUUGGAGAAGGGAGAAGGUCAUGCUGAUGGAGUUUCCAGAGGCCGAAGUGGGCAGGGUUUUGGUUCUUCACGGUUUACUGCACCAAUGAAAGGUGAAAAGCUUGGAUGCACAGGAACUGCAAAGCAACUUAGAACUGCUAUACUUCCUUUUGACAAAUCUGAAAGUAUCUACAGCAAAUUAGGUCAGCUUUCCACCAGGGAACUCUCGGAUCACAGGGCUAGUAAACGUCAAAAACAUACUGCAGCCAGUACUACAUCAGAUUUUCUUGGUCAAGCAUUAUCUAGCCCUUUCUGGAGGCAAGUCGACCAGGAUAUCAUUUCAUCCACUGUCACUACCCCAAAAACAGUAGCAUCAGACAUUGAUAACUCCAGUAUGCUUUCUAACGGAAUGGAUGCAAGAAAUGUUGAGCUGGACUCCGAUCCUUUAGCACCAAGAACACCAAGUCCUGUGGAGAUUCCUCUCUGUCAGAGACUUCUUUCUGCUUUAAUAUCAGAAGAUGAAAACGCCGAGCCAACUAGCUGUGUAAAUGAUGGCCUAAAGUGUUACAUUUAUGAUACCAAAUUCGAGGUUGAAACAGAGGUAGAAUCCAAUAUAUUCAGUGAGCGGUCGUUUCAAAACAUGGAACUUAGCGGACAUGAUGCUUUUAGUGGUUAUGGAAUAAAAUCUACCCGGAGAUCCUGUAGUGAGCUCAAACACAACCUUUCGGACAAUCAAAUAAUUUCCAUGAAUGAAAGACUACUUCUAGAGAUUCAGAGUAUCGGACUCUACCCUCAAUUAGUGCCUGAUUUAGCACACACUGGGGAAGAAGAUAUUAGUAAGGAUAUUGGUAACCUGGAAAUAAAGCACCAAGAAAAGGUUUUCAGGAUGGAAAACCAGCUUGGCAAGCUGUUAAGGUCUGCUACUGAAAUAAGACAGCUUCAGGAGAAGGAAUUUGAACAACAUUCUCUUGACAAAGUUACAAAACUGGCUUACCAGAAGUACAUGAGUUGUCGGGGACCUAAUGCACCUGGAGGAAAGAGUGCUAAACUUGCCAAGCAAGAUGCUUUGGCUUUAGUAAAACAGACAUUAGACCAAUGCCAAAAGUUUGAAACAACAGGCAAUAUCUGCUUGGAUGAGCCCUUAUUUAGGGAAAUGUUCGUCUCUGCAUCAUCACCCUUUAUUGAUAGCCAGUUAUCUUCUGAGACCAAAAUUGAUGCUAGUCAACUUUAUGGGAAUUCCAUGGAAAGAGCUCCAGGUACACAAAAAAGUCUUCAUAACAUUUAUAUCGGUGCAAAAGGGAAAAUAAGUAAGAGGGACAAAGAGUGGACGGGAAGUAAUGGAUUUAAAGUAGGACAGCCUGCAUUAAAUAACACAGAGGGUGAAAGACAGACAAAAACAAAGCUCCAGCAGAAUGCAGCUCGAUUAUCCAAUUCCAAUAAUGGUCCUCAAUUCAAGAUUUCAGAUCAUCAUAAACCAACGGAUGAGAUCAAAUUUAACAAUGUUAAAGAAAACGUUGAAUAUGAUGAGCCACUUGUUUUUUGCCCACCUGCAAAUUCCUGAAACGGAUGCUUUCGGAGAUGAUUUUGGUGAACAUGGGCAGGACAUAGGUUCAUGGCUAAACAUUGAUGAUGAAGGUUUUCAAGAUGAUGAUUAUAUGGGUCUCGAGAUUCCAAUGGAUGAUUUAACUGAUCUAAAUAUGAUGGUUUAAUGAUGGUUAUCAUAUCACACAUAGACAUGCCAACCACUUACAGAUGACGGUCAAGUGAUUUUCCCUUCGGUAAUUAGGCUACAGGUUCUUUACAAAACCCCUAAAGAAGUUAAUAUCAGGAGAACCGUUAAGUGUUUCAGUUUUUGUGCUAUUUUAGCUGCUUAGACUGUAAAAAUCUGUCCGUUUCAUGAUAUCUUAGAAAACACUGUAUUCUGGUUACAUUUACAGAUUGGGGCACAAUACCCCGUGUACAGAUAACUUAUUUUUUUUAAUAUGAUAGGCUUAUUCAUAAUA